GGCAUUUGUGAAGAUCACAGUGAACUUCCUGAGGAGAAUGAAGCAGGAGGAGCUGGCUGACCGUCUGCAGAGCAAACAUCUUGCUGCUGUUUGUCAUCGUAACCUUAAAUUUGCUCUGAAGAGGAAGUUCCAGUGUGUGUUUGAGGGGAUCGCUAAAGCAGGAAACCCAACCCUUCUGAAUCAGAUCUACACAGAGCUCUACAUCACAGAGGGAGGGACUGCAGAGGUCAAUGAUGAACAUGAGGUCAGACAGAUUGAAACAGCAUCCAGGAAACCAGUCAGACCAGAAACAACCAUCAGACAAGAAGACAUCUUUAAAGCCUCACCUGGAGGAGAUGAACCAAUCAGAACAGUGCUGACAAAGGGAGUGGCUGGCAUUGGGAAAACAGUCUUAACACAGAAAUACACCCUGGACUGGGCUGAAGACAAAGCCAACCAGGACAUCCAGUUCAUAUUUCCAUUCACUUUCAGAGAGCUGAAUGUGCUGAAAGAGGAAAAGUUCAGCUUGGUGGAGCUUGUUCAUCACUUCUUUACUGAAACCAAAGAAGCAGGAAUCUGCAGCUUUGAAGACUUCCAGGUUGUGUUCAUCUUUGAUGGUCUGGAUGAGUGUCGACUUCCUCUGGACUUCCACAAAACUACAAUCCUGACUGACCCUAGAAAGUCCACCUCAGUGGAUGUGCUGCUGAUAAACCUCAUCAGGGGGAAACUGCUUCCCUCUGUUCACCUCUGGAUAACCACACGACCUGCAGCAGCCAAUCAGAUCCGUCCUGGCUGUGUUGGCAUGGUGACAGAGGUCAGAGGGUUCUCUGACCCACAGAAGGAGGAGUACUUCAAGAAGAGAUUCGGAGAUGAGCAGCAGGCCAGCAGGAUCAUCUCCCACAUCAAGACAUCACGAAGCCUCCACAUCAUGUGCCACAUCCCACUGCAGAAAGGAAACCUGAUCUUCUAUGAAUCAGACCUGACAGAGUGUGGCAUCGAUAUCAGAGUAGCCUCCGUGUACUCAGGAGUGUUCACACAGAUCUUUAAAGAGGAGAGAGGACUGUACCAGGACAAGGUGUUCUGCUUCAUCCAUUUGAGUGUUCAGGAGUUUCUGGCUGCUCUUCAUGUCCAUCUGAUCUUCAUCGCCUCUGGACUCAAUCUGCUGGAACAACAACAAACAACCUCCCAGUGGUCUAGCUUUUUUAGAAAAAAACAGUCUCUCCACCAGAGUGCUGUGAACAAGGCCUUACAAAGUCCAAAUGGACACUUGGACUUGUUCCUCCGCUUCCUCCUGGGUCUUUCACUGCAGACCAAUCAGACUCUCCUACGAGGUCUGCUGACACAGACAGGAAGCAGCUCACAGACCAAUCGGGAAACAGUCCAGUACAUCAAGGAGAAGCUCAGUGACAAUCUGUCUGCAGAGAAAAGCAUCAAUCUGUUCCACUGUCUGAAUGAACUGAAUGAUCGUUCUCUAGUGGAGGAGAUCCAACAGUCCCUGAGAUCAGGGCGUCUCUCCACAGAUAAACUGUCUCCUGUUCAGUGGUCAGCUCUGGUCUUCAUCUUACUGUCAUCAGAAAAAGAUCUCGAUGUGUUUGACCUGAAGAAAUACUCUGCUUCAGAGGAGGCUCUUCUGAAGCUGCUGCCAGUGGUCAAAGCCUCCAACAAAGCUCUACUGAGUCGCUGUAAACUCUCAGAGAAAAGCUGUGAUGCUCUGUCCUCAGUUCUCAACUCCCAGUCCUCUUGUCUGAAAGAGGUGGACCUGAGUGACAAUAACCUGCAGGAUUCAGGAGUGAAGUUUCUGUCUGCUGCACUGCAGAGUCCACAUUGUACACUGGAAACUCUCAGACUGAGUCAAUGUAACCUUUCAGAGAGAAGCUGUGAUGCUCUGUCUUCAGUUCUCAACUCCCAGUCCUCUUGUCUGAAAGAAGUGGACCUGAGUGACAAUAACCUGCAGGAUUCAGGAGUUAAGUUUCUGUCUGCUGCACUGCAGAGUCUACAUUGUACACUGGAAAUUCUCAGAUUGGGGAGCUGUGGUUUGUCAGAAAUCAGCUGUGAUUAUCUGGCAGCAGCUCUGAAAUCCAACCCCGCGCAUCCCAGAGUGCUGGACCUGAGUGGAGACUACAACAACCUGCAGGAUUCAGGAGUGAAGCAGCUGUGUGUUCUUCUGGAGAAUCCACGAUGUCGAUUUGAAACUCUGAGACUGAGUUUCUGUGGUUUGUCAGAGAUCAGCUGUGAUUAUCUGGCAGCAGCUCUGAAGUCCAACCCCUCCCAUCUUAGAGAGCUGGACCUGAGCUGGAACAAGCUGCAGGAUUCAGGAGUGAAGCAUCUGUGUGGAUUUCUGGAGAGUCCAGGAUGUGGACUUGAAACUCUGAGAUUGAAGAGCUGUGGUUUGUCAAAGAUCUGCUGUGAUUAUCUGGCAGCAGCGCUGAAGUCCAACCCCUCCCAUCUGAGAGAACUGGACCUGUUCCCGAACAACCUGAAGGAACCAGAUGUGAAAAAGCUGUCUGAUCUUAAGAAGAGUCCAGACUACGGACUGGAGACUCUGAGGUGGGAACCAUGGCAUUAAACAGGACGGUGUGUGUGCUGAGAGAGGAUGAAGCAGCAACAGCUUGUGUGUAGAGACGCUCUGAUUGGGCCAUGUUACUAGGAGGGGGAGUGGAGAGGAGAGCUUCAUCCAGCAGCGACUGACAGAGGAAUGAAGUGCAGAUGACUGUCAGUGCUGCAGAGUGAACUGCUCUGAGAACAGCUCCACUGUCAGACACAAUGUAGAGUCCAGCAUCAUCCCUGUGUGUCCCUCUGGAUCUGACAAAGGAUCAUCAGUGUAUCUGGACUGCUCUGCUGCUGCUCUGUCCUUCUACAGUCUCUGCACAGUCUCUGUCUGACUCUGGCUUCAGACCCUCCUGGAUCAAACUCACCUGGAAAGGCUUUCAAACACCUCUGAAUAUAUUUGAAUACAGAAUAUAUUUGAUUUAUACUGUAGAUGUACACUGAAUGUUUUCGCUCUUCUGUUAGUUUUUCAUAUAUUUAUAGACAAUAUAUUGACACCACCUGUCUCACCAUAGAGCAGUCGAUGAGGUAAAAAAGAUUCA